ACCACCUCUACGAUGGAGCUUGCACUUUUCUCCGUCCUUGCCAUCAGCUUCUUCUCGUCUUGCAUCCCAGCUUCCCGGCCUUGGAAGGGGGAUCCUUCUUCAUCCUUGUCUCAGUCCCCCAAAUCUUGGUAUUGCAAAGGUUGAACGACGGAGACCGGAAGUGCGCGCAGUAGCGCAGGGUCCCCGGGAACCAACACCGGAAGUAGCUUUGCUGCAAGAUUCCGUCGGCUGCGCUAUGGCGGCGAUACCCCCAGACUCCUGGCAGCCGCCCAACGUAUACUUGGAGACCAGCAUGGGGAUCAUUGUGCUGGAGUUGUACUGGAAGCAUGCUCCGAAGACCUGUAAGAAUUUUGCUGAGUUGGCACGUCGAGGUUACUACAAUGGCACAAAGUUCCACAGGAUCAUCAAAGACUUCAUGAUCCAGGGAGGUGACCCAACAGGAACAGGUCGAGGUGGUGCAUCUAUCUAUGGCAAGCAGUUUGAGGAUGAACUUCACCCAGACUUGAAAUUCACGGGGGCUGGAAUCCUCGCCAUGGCCAAUGCAGGGCCAGACACCAACCGCAACCAGUUUUUCGUGACGCUUGCCCCUACCCAGUGGCUUGAUGGCAAGCACACCAUUUUUGGCUGCGUCUGCCAAGGUAUAGGAAUGGUGAAUCGAGUAGGAAUGGUGGAAACAAACUCCCAGGACCGCCCUGUGGACGACGUGAAGAUCGUUAAGGCGUACCCUUCUGGGUAGGCUUGCUGCUCUCCAGGGCACUCCUGGAUCUUCCGGGAUGGCCCCAGUGAACCAGCUUCUGGAUGACCUAGAGUGACAUGUACUUAAACUUCAUUUUGGCCUUGCAAAUCACAAAGCUAAGGAGACCUGGGGUCUUGGGUGAGUUAGAGCUGGAAGUAUAUUUUAAGAGGAUGCUCCUUUUCUCUUUCCCCAGUGCCUAGGUUUGACAGAGGGUUUGCAGAAAUGCUCAUAAGUGAUCACUUACAGUGAACCGCUCGUUGCAGAUGAGCAUAUACUGCUCCUCCUUGGGCGUGUCUGUGCUGAUGCACUUGGAACAAGAGGAAACCGACUCUGUCAUUCCAUAGUGCCGAACCAAACUUCUUCCUGCAGGGAUUUCUAUUCUGGCCUACACCGCAGGCUUUGGUGGCUGACAGCCACAGGAUUCAAAACCAAGUAGUGUCUAUCAGCCUUCUUAACUCUGUGCACACCCUAUUUCAGUCUCCUACAUUUGUUCUUCCGGGAAUGUAUGCAUCUCUAUAUAUAUUUUCCCUCUCAAAACCAGAACGUCAACACUGCUGUUUCUGACACUGAGACAUCCCACGCAAAGC